UAUACCCUCCACUCAAGUUGUCUAUCCCUAUGUGGGACAAGUGAAUCUCUUAAAAAAUUCUUUAGUUUUGAUUUUAAUUUAUAGCUUAACAUGCUGAAAAAAAUGCUUAGGAAAAUCCAAGCUGAAGUAUGAAAUGAGAUCCUAUCAAGAAAUGGUUGUGAAUCAAAUGAAGCAGAUGAGUGAAGAUAACCAACAGCUGACGUGGUUUAAGAAUAAAGUAGCCAAAGAACAGAGAAACAAUAAAGCUCUUCAAGAGUCUUUUGGUUUGAUAUCUGAAAAGCUGAGAAAGACGAUGGAAGAAAACCGGAUUGUAAGACUGAGGACCAAAAUGCAUCACGAGCAACACAAAGAAGAGAUGGAUUACCAAGAGCAAUUCUUCAAAGAUCAAAUCAAGCAAUUAUAUGAUGCCAGAAAUGUGAAGGAGGAGACUUUUGAGAAGAUUCAGCAGGAUCAGCGUGUGAAGGUUACACAGACUGUAGUAAACCUGUCGACAAUUGAGGAUCGCGAAAGCAGGGAGGAGAAAAUUGAAAAAUUUAUCCAGCUACAAGACGAAGAAAUGGAGGAAUAUGUUGCUGAGAGGGAAAAACUGAUGAAAACUCAUGAAGAGCGGCUGGUUGCUCUGAGGCGUAAGCACUUGGAAGAAGAGGUUGCCCUUGAGAAGGAAUUUGAUGACAAAUUCAAUAUGCUGAUGGAAAAAUACACCCCACAUGAUUCGAAGCAGCUUGGAAACCAAGAAAUUUAGCCCAGUGGCCUUGUUAUGGUUUAAAUAGAACUUAGACUUUUAAUACCCAAAUUGAUCG